AUGACCCAGUCGUACGAAGUCGGAAACUUGCCGCCUCCAGAUCUGUCCUGGAGAAGCGUCAAAAGGUACCUGGCCAGUCGCGUGACGACUCUGAAACCUCAACCGCUUUCCGACUCCCAGAAACGUCUCCUUAAUCCAAUCCCCACGCUCCGUCUGCUCACCUUCAAACAAUGGAUGUUCGUGCUGGUGGCCUUCUGGGGCUGGACGUGGGACGCAUUCGACUUCUUUUCAGUGUCGCUGGUGGCUUCGGAGAUUGCAGAAACACUCCAGGUUUCCGUCACAGACAUCACGUGGGGCAUCACCCUGGUGCUGAUGCUCAGAUCCAUCGGAGCGGUGGUGUUUGGAGUGCUGAGUGAUAAAUACGGCCGAAAGUGGCCCUUCAUCUCUAACCUGGUGUUGUUUAUCGUGCUGGAGCUCGGAACGGGCUUCGUCACCACCUACAAGCAGUUUCUCGCCGUCCGAGCCCUGUUUGGAAUCGCCAUGGGCGGGAUCUACGGCAUGGCAGCAGCCACCGCGCUGGAGGAUUGUCCGGUCGAUGCCAGAGGCCUCGUCUCAGGAAUCCUUCAGGAAGGAUACGCCCUGGGGUACUUGCUGUGUGUGGUCUUCACCCGAGCUCUCGUCUACACAACUCCCCACGGCUGGCGAUCUCUUUUCUGGUUCGGUGCCGGCCCCCCAGUCCUCAUCAUCAUCUUCCGAAUGGCCCUGCCCGAAACUGACACCUAUAUCCAGUCCAAGCACAAUGAAGCGGUGCUGGAUACGGGCAAAAACUUUUUUGUCGGUCUCAAAACGACUUUCAGCACCUAUUGGCUCACGUUCAUCUACCUGGUGAUUCUCAUGUCCGGAUUCAACUUCAUGUCCCAUGGCUCCCAGGACCUGUACCCCACGCGGCUCAAAAACCAGCUGGAGUUCUCGCCCGACGCCUCCACCGUCACCAACUGCGUCGCCAACCUCGGAGCCAUCGCCGGAGGAAUCUUUAUGGGUCACAUUUCCUCGUUUGCCGGCAGACGGCUGUGCAUCAUGAUUUCGUGCGUCGUGGGAGGCGCUCUCAUCUAUCCCUGGGCGUUUGUCUCCAGUAACGCCGGAAUCAACGCCGGCGUCUUCUUUCUGCAAUUUUGUGUCGCUGGAGCCUGGGGAAUCAUCCCCAUCCAUCUCACCGAGCUCGCUCCUCCAGCCCUGCGGUCUUCGCUCGUGGGUCUGGCCUACCAGCUGGGCAAUCUGGCCUCCUCGGCGUCCUCCACCAUCGAGGCGAAAAUUGGAGAGCGGUUUCCGCUGACUGACGCUCACGGCAACGCCCGGCCAGGAGUCUACGACUACAGUCUGGUCAUGGCGAUUCUCAUGGGCUGCGUCUUCUUUUUUGUGCUGGUGUGCACAUUCCUGGGCCCCGAAAACAGAAAUGCGGAGAUGGUGGUCGGAGAGCUCGUAGGCCCUGAGACCAAGCUGGUCGAAGACGAGGCGAUGGAGGUCUACGGAGAGCGGCGUUCCGAACAGACCACUGUUGGAAGUGUUCAUUAG